AUGGAUGAUCAAAAGAUUCGAUACAAACCGGAAAGCUUGGACGUGCUCAUGGAGAAGACGCAUUUCUCGAAAUUUGAAUUGAAGUACCUCUAUCAAUGCUUCAAGCAGAAUUGUCCAAGUGGUUAUGUGACGCGCGAGCAAUUCAUCGUCAUCUUCAGAUCAUUCUUCAGCAUUCAUCGACUUUCAGAUGCCAGCCAGUACGCCGGACUCGUCUUCAAUACGUUCGAUGAUGAUCGGAAUAACAGGAUCAGCUUCUCGAGUGAUUGUUCGAGUUUCCAGGAAUUUGCCGUCAUGCUUUCGCUUUUUUCUAAUGGCACAUUAGAACAACGUUUGGACUGGUUAUUUGAUCUCUACGAUUGUAAUAGGCGAGGAUACAUCGUUGAAGACGAUCAUGUUACCGUUUGCAGAGCCAUGUAUGCGCUAGUUGGAGUUCACUAUUUCAAAGGUAAACACAUACCGGCCGUUCUGCGACGUCACAUCAGACAUCAGUUCAUUAAGCUGGAUCAAAGUAAAAAUGGCAAAAUCACUCGAGCGGAAUUCAUAGAAGGUUGCCUGCGUGAUCCAAAAAUCAUAGCAUCAAUGGAAGUCCUCCGAAGUGUGUGGUAA